AUGAUAGUUUAAAAUGAGAUGCUUUCAUUCUUUUACAAGGUAGAAGAUCUUACUUAGUGUCAGUUGAAACAAGUAUUUCAAAUAAAUUGAUUUAUAUAAAGGUUCAGGCUUUGAUUGAGAAUCUUGAUACUAUUAAAAGUGAGAACUACAUUUUCUUUCCCAAAAGCUUAAUAAUUGAAAAACAGCAGAAUCAAUAUUAAUUUACAUUUAAUGAGGAAAACGAAUCUGCUAUUAAAAAAGCUGGAAGGGAAACACUCUAAUCAAUGGGUUAGCCAAUUUAUAUUUCAAAGCAUCUUUUAUUGUUAUUUUAUAGACUUUCACAAUUAAAGUAAAAAAAAACACAAUAUUAUUAGUAUUUAUAUACCAACUUUGACCUAAGAUAGUUUUGUACCUAUUGAUGAGGCUUUAAGAACGAGUCAAAAAGUUAACUAUAGCAAUUAUAUAUAAAGAUUUCUCUUGUAUAAUUUUGGUGUAGACAAAUUGGAUUAAAAUUCACCAGAAAUCGCAAAUAAUCAUUGUUUGUCUCCAGAAUUGGUCUACUAAAUCAAAGAAGAAGAAAAAGUAGUUAGUAAAACUAUAAUAUUUGAUGAAAAAAUGGCCAUAUUUAAUCUAGGAUGCAUAUUAUUUGAAUUAUUCACAAAGAAGAAAAUGUACGAAAGGGUUAAUAGUUUUGAAUCAACUAAAUAUAACUUAACAAAAUAUAUCUUUUUAAAUGGAUAUAGAUAUCUAUGCUAUUUAUUUGGAUAAAUGGUCUAAAAAUGCACUCUGGAAGAAGAAACUGAAUCAAAUAGGAGGAUCACUUUUAAAGAAGCUUUGUCUUAAGUUCUGUAUAUUGAAUAAAUAGAAGAAUAUACUCUUCGUGCUUAGAAUGAGUAGCAGAUCACAAAAAUUGAUGACUUUUUUUCUUAAAAAUCGAGUUUACAUAAUAAAUUAGUUGAAGAAUUACAAAUUAAAGGAAACCAUCAACUCACUGGCAGACUAUAUAUUUUAUAAAAUUUGAUGAGAAUGAAGUUUAUAUUCUUACUCUUCUAAAAGGAAGAGCUUGAAUGUUUUAGAGAUUUCCUUUUGAUGAAACUAUUAGUAUAAGAACUCUAAGGAAUCAAAGAACUUGAAAAGCCUUCAGAGAAUCAAUCUUAAAUCCUAAAUUUCAAGGAUUCUAUAGAUGAAAUUAAAGAAUUUUACAAUCAUUAUUCAUCUAAAUAUGAGAAACUUCUAUUUAAGUUAAUAAAAGGAAUUGAAUAACAAGACUAUUCUGAAAAAUCAUAAAAGCAUUUUAAAUAAUAAUUUAGGUCAAGUAAGGUAUAAGAUUUUUAGAAAAAUUUUCAUGCUGAAUUAUUUUAAGAAAAGACUCCAAUUUAAUAAUUACAUAAAUUAUGCUUAUAAAAUCUGAAUUCUAUAUUCCUGAAAGAUCAAUUGCUAUAGAAUUUCAGACCAAUAUCUAAAUAAUUAAUGAAUGGUGACCGUUAUGAAAUUUACGAUACGUUACUUCAAAUUUUGUUUGGAAAUGAAAUCUAAGAAAACAAAAUUUAAGAACUUAUUUAGACAAUAAAGUUUAAUUCAAUAAAUAAUUGA